CAAAAUCAAGAGUUGGACACUGACUGAGCCACCAAGCUGCUCCUCAACUCCUCCUUUAGACAAGCCUACACUUUCCUGGGAUUUAGUGUGGCCUCAGAGAAAGUUGCCAGAUAAAACCGAGUUACUCCCGAAACAUGGCUCCCCAGCCUCAGGAGAAGAAAACAGUUUUAGAUGUCAGGACAUGGGACCAGAUAUUUCAAGAACUGAUGCAGCAGGAGAAACCCCGAGCCAGAUGGACCCUGAAGGUGGAUGCGAAUCUCGACCCAAGCUGCCUUGCAGAAGGGUGGAAGCAGUACGAGAUGAGAGGAUUUGGCAGGUUCCAGUGUUCCUCAUGCCAUCGGAGUUGGGCUUCUGCUCAAGUGCAUAUCCUAUGUCAUAUGCACCUGGAGCCCCACAAAUCCCAGGGUCAGGUGAUUAUGCGCCUCUUUGCUCAGAGGUGCAAGAAGUGUUCCUGGUCUCGAUUUGAGAACCCCGAGUUCUCCCCAGAGAGCGCCAUGAGGAUUCUGAAAAACGUGGUGCUGCGCAUUCUGAAGAAAUUCUACGAAAAUGGCUUUAGGAAGUUUUCAGAGCUACCGAUCAUCCGGGAGGUGCCUUUGGAUGGGUCCCACGACACAAAGAAUUGUGAAGGAUGCUCUCUCGGCUUAUGCGUACUGAGAUUACAGAACAGCACGACGGAGCCAUCAACAUCCCCAUUCUCUUACAUGGAUAUUACGAGUUCUGCAUCUCCCGUUGGUCACGUGUCCAGCCAAAACCAGUGGAAUGGGUAUUGCUAUGUCCCUAGGGGCUCAGGGUCCAGCCACACCACUGCUGAGCCCAAAGGGGAGACCAGUAGGCAGCUCACCCCAAAGGCAGACAGGCAGGCUGUGCAAGGAAAUUUACAAUCCACACAGAGGGCAGUGUCACAGGCCCCCCAGAGGACAUACUCUGAGGUCGUCAGGAGGGCAGGCCAACAGUCCACACAGCAGGUGUGUUCACAAGCCACACAAGGGGCAGGUAUGCAGACCACGCAGGGGACAGACCCAAAGACCACAUUGAGGGCAAUCCCAAAAGCUCCAUCAGGGUCAGACACUCAGAAUCCAGGGAGAAUAGUUCCCUCUAGGUCAAACUUACAGCUCACAUGGACAGAUUCCAUGGCCACACAUGGGUUUUCGACCACCAGCGGAACUCAAGCUGUCCGGAGAAGUUCACCCAGAAAUGCUGUUCCAAAUGGCUAUCCUAUAUAUGCUCCGUUAAUGCAACCAGAUUACUUCGUUCACAACGAUACAUUGGACAUGUUAUUUUUCUGUGGUAUUUGUUUCUUUACUGUGUUAGUAGUCAAAUGGUUAGAAGAAGGAAGAUGGCGAUAAGCUUCUCUUCUUUUGUCUUAAUUCCGUGGUAAACAGUGAACUGGUUGCCAUUUUAGUAUGACACAGAAUAUGCUUUGAGACCAAGCAGGGUCAAGUUUGUAAGAAUAAACACUAGUUUCCUAGAUCUCCUUAGCAGAUAGUCUAAAACAUAACCUAGCAGAUAAUGGGCCCAAUAAGAAAUAUUUGAUGACUUCGUAAAAGCUCUUUAUUCAUUCAUACCCUCAUUCAUUUAUCGGUAUCAGUAUACAUGUGUGUGUGUAUCUAUAAAUACCACAUCUUGGCAAGAACUGAGGGUCAUGAGUGUUAUCAGAAAGUUAUUGUGGUGGGCAGAAUAAUGCACUCCCCCCCCCAAAGUUAUCCAUGUCCUAAUUCACAGAACCUGUACAUAUGUCACUUUACAUGGCAAAAAGGACUUUACAGAUGUGAUUAAUUUAAAGAUCUUGAGAUGAGGUGCUCAUCCUGCCUUACCUGGACGCGCCCAAUGUAAUCACAGUGGUCCUUACAGAAGGGGGGCAAGAAUGUCAAAGUGAGAAAAAGGAGAUUUAAUGACGGCAGGAGUGACGGGCCCAUGCAGUGAUGGGCUUUGAAGAGGGAGGAAGCAGCCACAAGCCAAGGGACGCAGGCAGCUCUUGAAGCUCAUAGAGGCAAAGGAACAGAUGUUCCCCCAGAGCCUCCGGAAGGAAACAGCUCUGCUGAGGUAUGACUUCGACCCAGUGAGACUGAUUUUAGGCUUUGGACCUUCAGAACUCUAUGAUAAUAAAGUUGUGUUCCUUUAAGUCACUA